UACUAUAAAGUAUUUUCUCUCAUUGGAUUGCAAACAAUUUCGAUAAUAUUGUGAAUUGUGUCGGGGAUGUUUAUGUCGAUCUAAUCAUUGGCGUUCCGUUGGAAAAGAAGAUUUUUUCUGACGAUUUCUGUCGUAGAAAAGGGAAGCUAAAUAUUUGAGAAAAGAGCUCACCAAAUAGGAAGAAAAUAAUACAAUGGUUCUUUUCCUGGUUUUUUGUGUUGCUCUUUAGACAGCUUUGCGAGGAUGGUAAUAAACGUCAGUCUCACGAAAAUUUCAUGAAUAAUAUUUUUUGCAAGCAUCAGCAAGAAAUAAAUGACACAUUUAAAACUCCACACAGGCCUUAUCACACAAGCUUACAAAUUUAAAUAAUGGACUCAGAUCAGCAGUUCUGUUUGAAAUGGAACAAUCAUCAGAAUACAUUGGUGUCAGUAUUUGACACGCUUUUGGAAAGUGGCAUGUUAGUCGACUGUACGGUAGCCGCAGAAGGACAGUAUCUGAAGGCUCACAAGGUUGUGUUGUCGGCGUGCAGUCCGUUUUUUGAGAGGUUACUCACACAACACUGUGAACGGCACCCUAUUAUAAUAUUAAAAGACGUGACCUUCAAGGAACUGGAGGCCAUGAUAUUUUACAUGUAUAGGGGUAAAGUAAACAUCUGUCAGGACCAACUGGGGUCGCUGCUCAAGGCCGCGGAGUCGUUGCAAAUCAAAGGCCUGUCCGACAGCGGGGGAGGGGGGGCGAUGAGUGACGAGCCCUCGGAGGAGCAUCCAGGGGAUGCCGGCGAUCCCCGAGGCACGCCCCCUGCGUUGGAAGCGACCGCCGAACAGAAGAGGGCUCCGGUGGUUCCCGCGGAGGACCCCUCGCGGCCCCUGGCGAGGGAGGAGUCUUCGAGGGAAGACAGUGCUUCUCCUGUUCCGAGGAAGCGCAGGAAGCAUCGCCGAAGACCGAGCGGAGGGAGACGAGAUGACCUCGAUCAGGCGAGCAACUCCUCGGUCCCCGGUCUGCCGGCCACCCCGCCUGCCGACCUCGGAGCCCACCCGACGCGCUCCGAGCCCGCGGCGUCGCCCAAGCGGGAGGCAGUUCCGCAGAGGGAGCCGCUGACAGAGGUGUUCCUGGAGCCCAAGUCUGAGUACGUGGAGGAAGACGAGGCGAGCGUAGAGGACUUGACGCUGGACGAUGGCGACGAUGACUUCGACAUGUCGUUUGAUCACGCCAAGCCCGGCCCUUCGCAGGGCGGGACCAAGUCCAGUCACCGUUAUGCUCCGUGGCGUAUUGGAGAACAGUUGGGAGAUGAAUUUUUCACAACAGCGCAGGAAGUUUCUGAUUUUCAUCAAGAUACUCAAGGUCACUGCAUGCUGAGGGUGCGCAGAUUCGACGCGGAGGCAGACACGGACACGGACCCGGAAGCGCACCCCGACGCAGAGGAGGUCGUGUACUGCGACGACACCGAACUGCAGCCCAAUCCGGCGACCAUAAACGUCAACAUCCUGAGGACGGUGCUCAACGAGAAGCUCAAGAAGAAGUAGCCUGGUUGGGUGCAGUGUUUCCCAGUCGCCAGCCACGGAACACUCACAGCUCUGUCUCGCAAACCAUUUUAUCAUCAUUACAUUAUUUAACGGCUAAAAUUGAUAUUAACACGAUACCACCCUUGCAUUUGUUGUUCUCUCACGAAUAUUGUUUACAGAUGUUCUUUAAGUGUGAUAUAGUAGAUGUAAGAAGUUGUGUGAUUUUUUUUUAUCAAUAUAGCUUGACUUUUUACGCCCAUUGUACGUAUUAAUAAAUAUCUGUUGGAAAUUGUUUGUUACAGAACAACAAAUGCAUCAGAGUUAUAGUGUUAACGUUUAAAAAUAGCCCUUAAGGGGUCCCGUCUAGUCGGGGCGUAUGUUACUGAGGGGUGACGCUCGCUGGUGCUUCUAGCGCGGUGUCGCCUCUCAGCGCAAGGCUGUGAACUAGCGCGCAGUCUUGUCGUUGUCCAUAGGACAACUGUUAAAUUUGAGCGGUGACCGUAACAUUGUAUGGAGGAUAAAUGAAGCUAAAGGUGUAAUGCAAGUCCCGUAAGUGCUUUCAAGAAUCUGUACCGGUUGUUUUACGGCUAAAAAUUACUCUGAAAACACACGUUUUAGCCAUUUUAACUCUUCUAAAAAUACAGUUAAAAUACUUAAUCCGAAAUCAUAAGUAGGUACUUUUCGGGCCUCAGCAAAUUCUUAAAUGUUUUUGUAAACAGACCCCUCUCGGAUAUCGUGAGUAGUUUUUAAAUUGUGUUGUUUUUCUUGAAGCUGUGUGCGCCGUAUGUGUGCCUGGGCAGACGACACCCUUAAAUAAUAGUAAUGAUGAGAAAAAAUAAAUAAAAAUGGCAUGUGAGACAGACCCUUAUGACUUGGUCCCGAGUCUUAAUCAGGGCAUAAAAAAUUUUAAUAAAAAUAUAUUUAUUUCUAUAUUUUUAACAUGUAUUUUAAAGCUUCUUUUUUCUAUGUUUGCAGACUGCAGCUAUUUUACUGAUGUAAAACAUCAUCAUAGGAACAGAUUAUUUUAUCAAUGAAUCACAUUUUUUGGUUACUUUUACAGUGUUUGUUUAUUUUAUUGUUACACUAUUUGGCAUAAGCAAAGUAUAUAAACACUCGGGCUGUGGGACUGUUAAGGUUGGGAACCACUGUCUUAAGGUCACGUGAGAAGAAAUAUAACAUAAUUGUUUCUUUCUUAAGGGGGAGAAAUAGGAUCCCAAAUAUACUAUCUUGAACUCAACAGUUUUCAGGUCGUAACAAUAUUUAUUGUUUACUAUGGAACAUUUGACAUUAUAGAAAUAAUCUGCUGCAAAUAGUUUCCCCAGUAAAGUCACUUAAAAUUAGUGUUGAAUUCUUUCUUAAGAUGACAACAACAGUAAUAAUACUAUCAAUGGUUUAUCUUUUUUAGACUCUGAAUAUCUACAUAUUAAUGUAUGCUCUCUGCUUUAAUGAAGGAAAAUUUCAAUAUUAUAAAUUCAAAAAAUGUUUCUAACCUAAAUAUGUUUUUUCUAAGACUGUGUCUUUCGAUUUACAUCUCUCCACUUUAAAUAGCAUGACCCAAAAAAUAUUUAUGUUAAGAGUGAUGUUUGAUCUAAAUGUUUGAUACUUUAACAAUAUCCCCUUCUUAUAUUCAAUUAGCUGGGAAUAUUGUUUUAUUAUCGUUAGUUGUUUCAAUGUUGUCAAUUUUAAAGAAAUGAGUAUUUUAUGGUAUUAAAGUAAGUACAAAGUUGUAAAAUUAUGACCACAUUCAAAAAAAUUUUAAGAAAUGUUAAUAUAUACUUUCUGCUAAUUGCAUAUAGUACUUUUUGCACCACUUAAAACCUCAACCAUUAAUAUUGCAAGGUACUGUGAUUAUUUUUUGAACAUGAAUAUGUCGAUUUUUGUUGUGAAAAAAUAUCUUAGCUCUCGGUAUACAGCAUUUCGUUGGAGUAAUUUAUGUGAAUUGAAUGGUAGUCAAACGAACGGAAGUGUGCAACUUCGGUGCUGAAGUCGUCAAGAUGGCAGACCCAUGUGUAGCAAAAAACCUGAAUAGUCAUUUUUGUAAACAUUAGGAGACAUACCAAACGUACUGUUGUGCUAAGUAAAACUUUAUGAUAGUGAAACAACCCAGGAAUAUAUUUGGUAAACUAAAAUAGUCAUGGUAAAAAGUAAUCACAAGUUUUAAAAUAGACAAGAAAACUGGUAUUUAACUGUUGAUAAUACACUCCUUUCAAAGUUAUAAUAGUCUCGGUAGCAUGGCGGCAGAGUGUGUGAUUUAGAAGCUCAUGGGUAAUUUUUGACGUGGUUCAAACAUAGUCUCUUGAAAAACUUUUUUUAUUAUAAUAUAAAAAAUAUUAUACGGAAUAUUAUAUAAUAAUGUUAAAUCAACUUAAUAAGCUUAAGGUUUGUUUGUAGGAAGUAUUUACAGAAUGCUUUCAGUCGUUUCAGCAAAAAAAAAAAAAAAUAUAUAUUCAUAGUGUUGUGUGUUUUAAAAUGUUUCAGGUUAAUGUUUUAGUAAUGCCGUAGAAGUGUAACUUCUUAUGUGUGUUUGAAACUUUAUAGUAUUAACUGUUUAAUGAAAUUUAAAAAGAUGUGCAGUAUGUUAAUAAAAUAUCUUGUCAAAAAUUAUGUGCAAAGCCAGGGUUUUAGGAAUUUUCCAUUUUGUUUUUGUUUGUCUUUAUCAAAGCAGUUUUUAAUAGUUAAAAUUUCCAUCUGUUUCGUGCUGCUAUCUGCGCGUAAUAGUGGCAAGCAACAUUUACGAAUCAGGCAGAGAAUUCAAGCGGCAGGCGCAGAAAGUACGUGUGUGUCGUGUCCAGAAAUUUUGGCGCUUUAAAAGCAAAUCUUUUUUGGAUCUGCGUUAAGUUUCAUGUCCGAAUUUUAUAUGAUAAGUUAUUUUGGAACAUGAGCAAAAUGAGACCACAAGAAUGGGCAUUUUACCAAGGUUAGAUGUUUACACAUCAAUGUCGUGUACUGAAAAACCUGCUCAUAUUUUUUUAUAUCAUCAUAUCUAUUGUACUACAAAAACUGUUAUCUGUAGCCACCAAGAUAAAUGGGUAAAGUAUUUUAGUGUAUUGACACUGAUCUAAAUCUAUGAUCUAAAUGAAUGAACCUUAGAGUUAGUUCUUUCAAAAAUUAUUUUUUUCAGAAGAUUUUAGAUCACUAGUGCAAAUGAACUGACAAUUUAUUUGUGUAGUUUUUAUUGUCAUGUUUUCUCAUAAGCUCGUAUUUAGUUAACAAAACAUUAUAGCUAAAAUAGUGGGGUUUGUUUUUUUAUAUUUUGUGAUAACUUCAAUUUUGGAAAAAAGUGGAGAAAAAAAAAUCAUGUCUCCAAUUAACUUGAUAGUUUUCUCUCUUGCCAAACCGUUGCCUGUUUAUCCUAAGAAUUGCAACUAACUUUGUCUUUUUAAAUACUUAGGAUAACUAUUGUGAUAUGAUAUGUUAUGAAAAGACAAGUAGCAGUAGUAAUGGAAAUGAAAGGGGUUGAGUAGUGAUAGAAAACGAAAGCUGUCCUUUUUGUUGUUGUGUGCAGCUAAGGAUGUGAUGUUUCGUUGGGUGGCACGGGCUGUUCUCAUAAAGCCUGUGUUCAAGUUCAUGCUGCGCUUGUGGUGACUUUGAGGACACUUGUUAGACAUGUGUUGGCCAGAUUAUUGUAGGGUUUUAGACUUUGUGUUGGAUUGGAUAGAUUAUGGUGUUUUUUUUAUGUUGGCACUCAUGGUAACCUUCAGUGUUGUAAAUGUCUCGGCUAUGGCUAGUGGAAGUGAUGCUGCAUCUUCAACGGGAAUAACAAUUUGCUGCUCUUGAUAAGAGAACAAAUGACUGCCUCCCAACAGAGGCGUAGUCUUUAACUUCUUUUAUUUCAGUGCACAGUUUUUUAAGUGCAACCACAAAAGCAAUGAGGACUUCUAUUUCUGCAGAUUUUCAUUGGGAGAGGAAUAUGUUUUUGAUAUCCCCUCCUGGCUACGUCCUACCGCCCAGUAUGUUCUUAUGAUACUGGAAGGUUUAAACGGGGCCAGGUAAGUUUCCUUCUACUUAACAGUAUCUGUUAUUGGUUGAUGUGGUCUGCAAGUAAAUGAACACAGAAGUAGAUGGGUACUUAGUCAUUACAAUUUUCGUACUGAAAAUAUUUUGUUAUUUAAUAUAGCAUGAAGCUGGCAGGAAAUGCAGUCUUGUCAUACCGAGCUCAACUUAAAUCACCAGUAUAGUUCUCUAUUUCUUUCCUCGUGCUUUCUGACUGUCGGCGAAGGUGCAGGUAUGGUUUGCUGUGUGAUGACGUGUACCAGCUGGAGUUGUUUAAUUUCACGCAACGUUAAACCAUGGCGACGGCAGUGCACUGGAGAACCGCGUGGUUUUGGCCUCGUUGCUCGUCACAGAAGCUUCCUGGCGACUAAGCAGGCAGGCUCUCCUGCCGGCUUCUCAGUGCGCUUGGUACAAGCACCAACACAAACGUGUGCAUAGCAGAUUAGCAGAUUUCUAGAAUUACUUCCAGUUGUGAGGUAUCUCAUUGUAAAGAAUUUGGGGUUUGUAGGAUCUAAAGAAAUAUAUAAUUAGCUAUUAUAUCAUGUUAUCACAUUUCUGGUACCGUACAUACACACUAUACAUAUAUGGUAAUACAUAGACAAAGAAUGAAGUGCAUUAAGAUAUUUCUCCCCCUUUAUGUAAAGGUUUGCUCUGAAUUUGGAAACUAUUUCAAAUGGGAAAAUGUGUCCAUUUAAAUCCACAAUAAAAACAUUGUAAAAUUACUGAGUGAUGGACUUUGUCAUCACAAUUAAUAAAAAUAAAAAAAUUGUAAUGUUCUACUUGAUCAAUUUUUGACAUCCUUUGCACCUCUUCCAAAAUAUGUUGAUGACCAUGAUUUUCAGUUUUGAUUCAAAGCCAGGGACGGGUACAGGAUUGAUACUUCCUUCCCAGUAAAAUCAGGGGAACUAUUCUUAAUAAUUAUUUAGAUACUAAUAACUUAGUUUUGAUAUUAUAUCCAGACUAAGUUAUUAAAAGUUUUGCAUCCAUCUUUUAUAAGCAUUUAAUAUAAAAUAGCCCAAAAUUUACCUUAGUUCUUUUAUCCAUUGAAUUUUUUAUAGGGAUGGGCUAAUCAAGUCCUUAGUAUUCGAAGCAUCCGAUAUUCAUGGUAAAAUAUUCUAAGAAAUAUAUUAGAGGGCCCAGUUGGUUAGUCACUUAAUCAUUUCAAACAUUACAAGCAUCAAUUGAUUAUUAUUUUUUACUUCAAUCUUUUGUUUUAUUAAAAUAAUUUUAAUACAGCUUUGAUGGUAGAACAAUGUUCACAAUUUGAUUUGACUGCCAAAUGUUUAAAAUAUUUAAUUUGAUGUUUGCUUCACAUAAAAAAACUCGUAUUCAUGCAGGCCUAGUGAGUGGGUAAUUUGUUUAGUGUGAUUUUUAAUAGUUCAGUAAAUGUUGAGAAAAAAUUACAAUCACAAUAAUUGUAUGCCCUUCCGUUUAAUGAAUUCUGAAUUAGCCACUGGGCUAGCAUUGAUGAUGCUAGGUCUCGCCUCUUAAAAAUCUUCUCUUCCUAAGCUUCAUCAGAUGUACAUCCAUCUUACUUGAAAUAAAUGCUUGCAGAAGCUGACAGACCUGUCUUUCUAACCUGCCUGUUCUUGUCCGUGUGUGUGUGUGUGUGUGUGUAUGUGUGUGUGCGUGUGUGCUUGUAUUUUGCUUCUAAUCUCGUACGAUUCUUGAAUUAAAUCUCUUGAAUGGCACACAAUAUCACUCAAAACAUCAUAACCGUGGUCAUCUUGUCAUUCAAGUAAUUAAAAGCUCAGAUUAUUUCAGAUAUUUUUGUUUCAAACUUGUUUAUAAUGUGAUUUUUCAGUCUCAUUUUUAAUAGUUAUAGUGAUUUAUGGAAAUUGUGUUUCUGAAAAGCUAUUUAAUAAUGUUGAGAAAAUGAUUUCAACCAUAUUUAGUAAAAUAAAAUUAAUUGUAACAUUAUGUACAGUUAUAAAAAUUGUAACACCAUUUUUAUGACCAGCAAACUGUUUUGAUUGAUUUUCAUACUAAAAAAUAAAAAUAAAACCUGUAAGAAACUGAAUGUUUAUUUAAUAAAUCCUAUUGAAUGAAAUGGUUGAAGUACUUGAAGAAUGUGAAAUUCCUUUCAUUAAAAACUUUUGAUUUUCAAUUGAAUCAGAAUUUUGAAGACCAUUCAUACAUUCCAAUUAAUUGAAUGCAAUUGAUUGAAUUCAAGAAAAAUUUGAUCUCAUGAAAAGUCUUUAAGGAUGCAGUAUGCAAAAUGCUCUUGAGCAUUGUGAGCACUCAGCAACAUGUUGUUCAAUCACACCUGGGAGUGCAUGUUUUCGUGACCAAUCUUCAGCGUUAAUAUGGGAGUUUUUGAGGCUGAAUUUGGGAUUGAAUGUUUGUAAAAUUGUAUUUUGAAAGUGUCUCAGAAUGUAGCUUAAGCCUUAAAAGUUAUUCUAAAGUAAUAUCAGAACACAAUAUUUUAGCACAUCAUUAGAAAUAACCUUUUCCAAUAAAUAUAACUGUCCAUAAAUUGGGAAAUGACUUUAGUUAUGAGAAAUAUAAGAAAUAAAUUUAAUUAACUACUUAAAAGUAAGUUAUGCCGUAAAGUUAUAAGAUUUUUUUUCCUACUUGGUCACAUGUAAAUCUAAACAUGAAAGGCUAAUAAUUGGCAAGUUGGGUGAUAUUUUGAUUGGAAUAUCUAAAAAAACACAGUUAAAUCAAAAUAUACUUAAAUUUCUAACAUGAUACAUUUUUCAACUGUUGCAGUCUUUUUUUUAAAUUUUAACAGAGAUGUUGUUUUAGUAAUAUAGCUAACCUUUCUUGCUUUCCUAACAGUUACACAAAUUUAUUGCUGUUGUCUGCUUCACUCACGGCUCCCGGUUGAGAUGCAAGCUUUUUGAGCUUGCUCUUGUGCGUUGUGUGCAUUUUCAUUUUCAUGAUCGUAAGCAUGAGCACUCAAGCAGUAUGCUGACUCACUUGCGAGCACCAUGAGCACUCGGAGCGAUUUGCAGACUGCAUCCAUACUCUUUUGUUGCAACAUUUUUCAUGUUUGAAUAAUCAUGUGAUGUUAAAUUUUGUACAAUAUGUUUGUACGACUUUUUUUAAAUUUAUUCUUAUAAAUUGGUAAACUGUCAUGCAUUUGUAUUCUUAUUAGAUUCGUAGUGUAUAUAAGAUUGUUGAAAAAAUAAUUUCUCAAAAUGUUUUAAGAAAUUCAAUGUUCCUGUGUAUCUUAUUUUGAAUACAGCACUUGGGAACUCAAUAUACUUAAAAGAUUUGCUCACUUUUUUUUAUUACUUUCCUUGCACCAACCUAUUGCCAUGCAUGAUUCUAUAUCACUAUUAACAUGUCAUUCCUUGUGUAUUGAGGAAGUGUCUUGUGUGUUUAAAAGGAAUUGUUCAAUCUACUUUGGACUUCUUGGUUUUGUUUAGGUACUAGAAAACUUUUUUAAAAUCGUUAUAACAUCAGUUCUUGUAUAUACAUCUGAGAGAUUAAAAUAAAAUAUGUUAUCCAUUAAAUUUAUUACUUUAUUAAAUAUAAUGUAUACUUUUUAAUUACAUGAUUUUCAGCAUGGAUUGAUUACAAUUUACAUGGUUUUUAAUUUAACUUAAGGAUAGGUGUAGCAUUUGUGAAAUUAAUUGUUAUUAGUACUCUGAAGCUUAUCGGUUGAAAAGAGACAACUAUUAUACUAGUGAAGAAACUGGUGUUGAAGGGUCAUGAGGCAAAAUGUACCAGUAUUUUCAAUAAUCUUUAGACAGUAUCUCUAUGGGAUUCAUCCAAAUAUUUAUACAGUUCUUUCAAAGAAUGAGCUAUUGAAAUAUUGUGUAUUUAAGCAUGGCGUACAUUACUGCCAACUCAUGCUUCACUAUGUGCAUUCUGACUAUACUUUUUUUGGUGGCUGGUAUUGUCUAUUUCUCUUUAUGCUAGGUUUGUUAUGAGAACAACAUCUGAAUACAACAUUCUUUAAUGAACACAGUUCUGGGUAAGUAAUUAAUGAUUGCACUACUUAAAGUUUGUUGUGUUACUUACGUAAUUUGUUUCUCAAAUGUGAUUUUUUUUUUAGCAUUUCAGGAGUUCGGUGUGGAGCUUAGCACUACUUUAUGGAAGUGAAACAGUGACUUAAAGAAGAAAAAAAUUCAAACAUUUCUAAAUAGACUUUAAUAGUCAAAUGCAAAAAAAAAAAAUGUUAUGGUGCUAUUAAGAGUAACAAAUUGAAAUUUAACAAAAUUGGUUGAUUAUAGUGAUUUUUCAUGAAAACAUGAAUGGAUUUACUAGACAUAAUUUAAGGUGUUCAUUAUUGAUUGAGGAGAAAGGAGAAGGUGAGAACUUACAUGGUAGACAGAGGCAGAUAAGGGAAUGUGCUAGUAAAAGGAGGAUUAAUUAACAAGUUGCGAGAGAGUUGCAUUAUCUGAUCUGGGGACGAACAACUAGACAAUGUGCUUCGUUUUAAUUUUGGGUUCUAAAAAUAUGUGCAAGGUACUAUGAUAGCAUGAGUUAAUUUAUUGUCUCCCUAUAUCUGGUUAAUUGGUUUCAAAUAUUUUUGUUUUUUUGCUUAGAGGAUCUUAAAACCAGAAGCAAACAUUUCAUGCCACAUCACACAUUUUGAAUGGUAUCUGAUUUUUUUUUAUGAUUUUUUUUAUUAAAGAUUCCAUAUGGUUCAAUUUGCUUGUUUUCUAUUUAUUUUGUAUUUUAAAAAUAACUGAAUGAUAUUUUACGAAGGAAUGUUUUUAAAAUACUAGCCAUUUUUUUUUCUUGUGAAUGCCUAGGGACGAUUAUAAAAAUCUAGCUUGCUUUGGUAUUGUGCUGUAUUAGUGUGUUAUGCAAAGAUGUUUUGAGUAAUUGUGUAAUGCAUUUGUGUUUGGUGGGAGUUGAGAUUCGUUAAGUAAAACUUGUAUUUGAAGACCCACAGUAACCGUUCCAUCUGGGAGAGCAUUCGGCGUGUGGAGCGAGGUAGAGCCGGUCGCGUCGGUAGUGACGAGGGUGGUGUGCUCUCUUGCAGAGCCGUGGCAGUCUCGGUACCAGGAGACGAGCUCGCGGGAGUUGCCGUGGCCGGCGGCCGGCCACGUCCCGCGUGGCAGUGAGUUCUCCCAGGAGAAGGGGUUCCGCUGCCCCCGCUGCUCCAAGCGGUACCGCUGGAAGCACUCCCUCAACUUCCACGUGAGGAACGAGUGCGGCAGGCCCCCGCACCUGCAGUGCCCCGUCUGCGACUACAAGUCCAAGCAGAGGAGCAACCUGAAGACCCACGUCAAGAUCCGCCACCCGCUCCAGUACUCCAGCUUCUUCUGAUCCUUGCCUCAUUACCUCCUCGUCGAAACAUCACAUGUAUGCACAUCGUACCUACAGACUCGUUCAGUUUGAAUACAGUGUUGGUUGGUGAUUUUCCACUCUACAGAUUAUGAAAGUUUCAUAUUGAAGAAGUGAAACUAUUUCUUGUCAUUGUGUGGUGUUGUAUUGAAAGCACUCACUAUCAGCAUCAUGAUUUAAGAAUUCUUUCUAACUAGUUAAGCAGGAACUUAACUCAACAUUUUGUAUUCAGUUAUUACCAGUUUUGUAGUUUAGCUGCGUUCAAGGCUAGGACUGUAAAUGAGCCUACGCUGUACCUAUGUUUAAAUGCUAAUUGGGCAGUUUCAACUGUUGUUGGGAGGUGGUUUCCGUCUCCACUUCUCUUUAACGUAGACCUUAUGGUUUUAUAUUUAAAAAUAUCACUCUGCAGCUCAUUGCUAGUUCAUUUUAAAUGAUGCUGUGUAAGUAACCUGAUGCAGAAUUACAUAAUUCAUAGGGAUAGUAGUUUUAGUCGUUAAAUAUUGGUGCCACGAUUAGUCAAAGUAUUUUAGAGUCUUAUAGUUAGAUAAAUAAUUUAAUCCAACAGCAGUGUAUAGACACGCAGAACCAGAAAGGUUAGUAUUGCACAGGAUAUAAAUUUGCAUUCAUUUGAAUUCUGUCUCAGUAAGGACUUGGUUUAUGUGGUUUCAUGUACAUCAUUAUUAUUUUGUAUUUGUGCAAACGUUUUUCCCCAUCAUCGUGAUGAAAAGUGAUUUGAAUACAAGCAAACUGCACUUGCUUGAGGCAUAUUAGAGACUUGUGUAGGAUGACUGUAUGCUUGACAAGUGAUCAGUGACGUAGUAUCAGAAUGGGGAGUAACGGCAGUGACGCUUGUGUACCUUGAAUCUGUCAGUCGUGGCCUGCUUGGCUCAGCGUUCACGUAGCCGAGCUGCGAAGCCGCUUGCUGUGUUUAAGCCUCCUAAGACUUUUCACCGGCCAUCUUGGAUUCUUUGUUUUUGGUGCUAAUUUCACAUCUUACCAAGAAAUGUUUCAGAAGUGUGACUGCAGAAGCAAAGUUUGGUGCAUCACCCAACCGUGGAAAUUAGUGAGUGACAUUGAUGCUGUUAGUUGGGAACAAAUUUAAAUUAUGAACGCCUGACUUUUUUGGAAUAGCAGAUAACCUUUAGAAUAUUUCUGGGGUAAAAACUAACAAAAAAAUACUAAGUAGCAAUGCUUUGCAAGUGAAACUUUCAUAAAAUUUACAAUAAAACAAAAAUAAUUACUUCAAAUAGAGCAUGUGUAACUCAGUACAUGUUCUAGAAGUGAAACUUCUUUGGAAAUUCAAACCUUGACUCGUAAGUAUAUCUAAGGGGUAAAAUGGCAGAAAGGGAGAAAGAUGACAAUUUUCUAAAAAUAACACCGCAAUGUUUUUUGGCUUUCAUUUCUUUUUCAAGUAUUUAGGAAUCCUAACCUUUUUUGUAUUUAUGAGAAAUUUGAUUAAAGUAAAAAUAAAUUAAUAAACAUGAAGAAACAAUUAUUACUCAUUUCAAAAAAAAGGUUGAGGGUAUCAAUAAUUAUAUAUCAAUCAAUAAUUAUUAAUUAACAAUAAAUAUUACUCACUGUUAAAAUACUCACACCAUAAAGAAACUCUGUGCAUGUUACAGUUUCUUCAAACAAUUCUGCCAUUUGGAACAUGCUAAAUCAUUGAACUAAAUAUAAAAUUCAAAACAGGUAGCGCGAUUUAUGCUGGAAAUGCAGAGAAACAGCUCUCUCUAUGCUGCUGGUUGAAAGAGGAGGAACGCGAGUGUGCUGUUAGCAAAUAUAAAAUUCAAGGCACUCACAGCUGACUGUUUAGGAUACUAAAUCUAUUUUCUGAAAGAAGCGCACGCACUUACUUUCUGUCUUGUUCUUUCGUUCAUCUAUCUCUCUCGGUUCAAUUUUUUUUUAGUGCAGGGGACGAAUAAUCGCACAAAGAGGAGAACAAAAAUGAGCCCAGCAUUGUAUAUACAAUAGUGCUCUCUUUAUAUAUCAAUGGCCAAGUACCUAUUCUCUGUCCUUUUUGCAUGAGAAACAUUUCACAACAAUGUUUCAUGAAAAUGUUGCAUUCUAAUUUGGCCUUGAAAUUUUACUCUCAUCGUGCCCACAGAAGUUUCACUUUAAAAUAAAUAACAUAGCGGGUGAGGCGUAGCCUUACAAUAAAACUUCACACCAUUUGUUAGUUUUUUUCUUUACAUUGAAAUUUUUUUACUAAUUUCAUGAUGGUAGAAAUGAACUACUGUAAUUUAUUUUAUGGUAUUUUGAUUUUUGAUGCAGUUCUGUUCUCAUGUGCUGUUCUCAUGUGGUGAACCAGCAGCACUAAAAACAAAAGAUUGUGGUUUGUUGUCGGUGGUGUGAGGCAGAUGUGAUGUUGAUUCAAGGUUAUUUGUCAGUUAUAUAAAGGAUAGAGUUGAUAUUAUUAAUGAUACAACUGUAUGUCAGCAGCGCUGUUUUCAAUUUUGUAUUACUGUUGCAUUUUCUAAAGCAAAGUUGGCUGAUAUUUAAUCAUUUAUUUAUGUUGUUUUGAUUUAAGGAAAUAUUAUUUUUUAAAGCUGUAUUUGUGUUUGCCAUUGCAUGUGUGUUUAUCCCAAGUACGUAUUUCUGUCCUAUUUCAUUAUACAUCGAGAUGUAGCUGAAAUUAAUGAGCGGCUGUAAUUGAAACAUUGAUGCCUUACUUAAUUCCUGUUUGAUUGUAGCAGUGAAACUAUAGCUUCAAAUUUUUGUACAUUUUUAAGAAUUUUUUUUUACUAGUGGAUUUUUACAUCUAUUUUCAGAAUCUCUGUCAUAAUUUUUUUUUUUUCGGGAAGUAUUUAUACUUUUCCAAGGAUACUUAAUGUUCUUGCAAAUGUUAUUUUUCCUUGUUGUGUAUGUAGUAGUAUGAUAGUUAUCUGAUAAUAAAAGUGAUAAAAUGUUAGUAAAUAUACUAAAGCUGCUUUAUUUUAAGUGUAAAGUUUUAACUUGCAAGUUAAAAGUAUGUACUUAUUACGAGUUAUUGGUGUUAUGUAGAUGGUCAGUUUCACUUGACUACUAAGGUGAAUUUGAGAUACUUCAGCACCUCUGACUAUAAUAUCCACUUAAGGUUUAGACUCAGAUGCCAUGUUGAUUUUUUUUGUCAUUAUUAUUAUUUAAGCUUUUUUUUUUUUUUUAAAUUAAAGCGAUACCUCAAUUGCAUUUGCUGUUAAGUAACAAAUAUUUUCAACAGAUAUUCACUAAGUGUAGUAUAAUGGGUGAUUGGGAAAACUUGUGUAACUUUUUACACCCAUUGUAUUACACUUAGCGAAUAUCCAUUUCAUAAUUUUUGUAAGAGAACAACAAAUGCAAUGGAGGUAUUAAGUUCAAAUUUCAGGUUUAAUCCUCAAAUAAUAGUGAUGAGGAAAAAUGAGAAAUUUAAAAUAGCGUGUGAGACAGAGCCUUAAUAGAAACUGCAGUUACUUAUUUAGCUCUUACUGUAGUCAUCGUUAACUGCAUGUCAGCAUAAAGCUAAAUGUCCUUGAAAAACCAGCCCUGAGGAAGAUGUUUCACCGAGGAAGAUGUUUCACCAUAAUCUUCUGAGCUGUGCUUCUUCCUUAAGUACCAUAUUUACCUGGAAAUGUAUUACAUAUUUAAUGCAGAUUUUUUGUUCAGUAACAUGUACUGCGAUCCAUAUGCAAGUCUUUCCAUUUUGGGUAAAAAAAAAAUUAACAUUCCACUGUUGUGGUUGACUAUGUGCAUAAAUAACUAACCUGUGUUGGUUUUUUUAAUAAAUAUGUCGUGAGGAAGUAUAAAUUGUGUAAUUAAAAUAUCUCAGUAGUGCAUAUAAAACAUCAUGAACUGCGCCGUAAGGCUAUGACUGCCGGAUACUCGGUGGCUGGUAAGUGACGUGACUGCUGCCGGGCUGGUCUCAGCAAGAGGAAAAACUCUAAAAAUAUACCAGCUAAAGAGAGAUAAAGUGUUUGGGGGGGGGGGGAGCCUAAUGCAGUGUAUUCAAUACAUUGAAUGUACAGCAAUUUUCCCUCCCUCUCAUCGUAAAGAUCCGUGAACUUGCACUGUACACAAUAAAGUGUUUCUUACACAGCAAUAAGCUGGGACAGUGACAAUAAAGACUUCACUUGUAUUCUACUGGAGAUAGAUAUGUGCUGCGACCCAUUGCAAGGGUUGACCCUUACGGCGAAAAUGUUCAUCGUGGAAGGCAGCCCACACACUCGCUCCUGCACACUCCUGGUGCCCAAGAAAUGGCUGUGCCAUGUCUUAAACAGCACCUUCACGCCGGCAGUUGCCAUCGGGAGCAUCCUGUACCUGAGGGAUGCCAUGAAUCACGUUGGACGACCAGACUGUUACUGGUGAAUCAUCUUGCAUUUGGACUUCCAGUUUUACGUCAGCCAGCACAGCCUGCGGAGUAGCUGAUAGCCUGAAGACUGCAACCACUAGUGUCCAAUACUCAUGGUGUGUGUGAGAUAGUUUUCUUCCUCUUAAGUUGACAGUAAUGUAGGCUUUUCUGUUUGGGAAGACCUAUCACCAAGGAACUGCACUUUUGCACGCAGUGCUGAUGUUCACCUUAAAAUGCACAAACUUAAAAAAAAUACAGAAUGGAGUACAGUAGAACAGUAGAACCCUUUUAUAAUGUUCCUUCUUAUAUUCCUUUUAACAUCAUAUUUUAAUGUCCCCAUAAGGACAAUGUAUUUAUUUCCUGCAUGUAAUUUUCACAGAUAGUAAAUUUCCUGGUUAUAAUGUUUGCUUUAUAAAUUUCAUUAAAAGCAAAAAAAAAAAUAAUGUUUUAAAAACCUAACUAUUCCAAUACUCAUCCCGUAUGUGAAGUUCAACAUGUUAAAAGGUUCACUCAAUAUUUCCGUGCAUUUUUGUUUACCAUCACUGCUGUACCAUAGAUGUAGAUUGUUAAAAUAGGGUGGUGUGUAAGUGUGCCAAAACACGAGUACUACAUGUUAGUGCUAGCUAAUGCUGUGUUUUCAAUACAUUGAAUGUACACAACGUUCGCAGUUAUGUCAGUUGGCACCCUUGUCUUGAAUGAAAAAAAUAUUACAAAUCCUUCCAUUCGUUACCAUUCUAGUGUGUUUUCAGAUGUAUGUACAUAGUCCUACAAUAUUUUAGUUCGCCAACUAUUCCGUGAUGACAAAAAAAAAAUAAGAAGUGUUUUCGAUUGCUGAUAAAGAGUUUAAUUUGUUUCAUCGUCAUCAUCACAAAUCGUGAAUUGUUUAACAGAAAUUUGGCAGUGUGUCUUUAAAGACAAAUAAAAUAGAAGCUGGAUGCAUAAUGAAGUGGAAAAAUUGUUGGCUUGGCUAAGCAAAUUUGAGUAUCGAGUGUAUCCGUCAGUGGUUUUAAAUUUAAAUUUGUUUAUAUAGCUUUAUGAGUCCGUUGGUAAAAAGUUCAGGCACUGACAAGUGCUAAAUUGAUAUUUCCUGUUUUUAAGGUUUUCCUGCUUAUGAUGUUUUUUUUCCUUAGGCCCCCUUGAAAAACAUUAUAACAGGGUUCUACUGUAUUUACCCCGGACAGAUCACAGCAGAACCAUAGGAAAAGCACACAUUUAAAAACAACUAAAACAACAUGGGCAAGUGCUUUUUGUUACCAUGUCCUUGUAAACAACUUGCAAACAUCUUGCAAACACAGCGUGGAUUCAUGAACAAGUAUUAUGAGUCCAUUGUUGGCCUCAUUGUCAUUUUUUAGCAUUAUAAUAAUUCAAGCCAUGUGUACAUAUGAGGUUAAAAAUGAUGUCUACAUCAUUGGUUUCUGUUUGUAUGACUAGCAUCAUUUUCACUAAACAUCAUUGUUUCAAGAACCUGACCAGUAUAUUAAACAAAGUUUUUUACUAUUGCUGUAAAAAAAUAUGUAUACGUAUAUUUGUUGGUUUUGACAAGCUAGACUGUUCUGCAAGUUCGUAGCUUUUUCAUGAGCUUACUUAUAACCAGCUUUUAAUAAUCGUUGGUUGUUACUCCAGCAUAUACAGAAUGUCCAUAAAAUAAUGUCCCAGUUUCAUUGGUGUAACAGUAUAAUUUAGACUAUCCACAACCAAUCAUACAUAAAAUUGAAGGUAAACUAACCUAUAUGUGCACCUUUAGUUAUACGGCACACAUUCAACCUAAAGUCCAAUUCUUCCCACACUUUGGUUAACAAGCCCGGGUUAAUGGAAGCAAUAGCCUCUUCAACUCUUUGUUUCAACUUUUGGCAAAUCAUUAGGUAGCGGCGGAACAUAGUCACUGUCUUUUAUAAAGCCCCAAAGAAAGAAUCGCAUGUCAUUGUCAGGCUAACGUGGAGACCAGCGGAAAAGAACUCUGUCGUCUCAACAUUAUGACCAAUCCAACAGUGAGAGAUUGGGGCGUUCCCACUAUCAUAUAAAGAGAUUCCAAUGGGUAGGGUUCACCCUUUACUAAUUGGGGAAAGAGCCAUUCAGGGGUGCUAUUUUGUAUAGGUGAGACACUACAAUGCUUACAGUUGAUACUAUUAACAUUUAUAUCUAAGACACUAUUUUAUGGAUGGAUUGUAUUGCGUAACAACUCCCAUGUGCAUCAUUCAUUAAUAUUAAUUAACUUGGUUCUGGCCACGUAGUUGCCCUGAAACAUAUCUGAUAAUGGUGAGACAUAAGAUUUCUUAAGCUUUUUUUCUUCCUGAAAGUGGGCUUGGAGUACACUGCGUGAUUUUGGUAGACUGAUGCCAGGUCUUAAGGCCAGCCAAUCCCAUGGUUAUAUAAAAAACUAAAAGGUUUCUUCUUAUUUCUGCUGCUGCUGAAACAAGUGUAUUUUUAUAGGUUGAAAAAAAUAAUUGGCCACUUUUGGCAAUGUUGGUAAUGUGUACUGGAAUUAAUUUUCACCUAAAAUAUCUUGAACCAGAAAUAAUAUGUCAAAGAUUAUUCUACACCCACUCCCAAAUUACGAGCUAGUUUCCUGUUCAAAGUGAUAAAAUUAAAAAUUCUGUUUCCAUUGUUUUGCUGCUGUAGUUCGAGAGGACUGAUCUAAAAUAUCUCAAGUAGUCUUCAAGGUUUUGGAGCAGUAAGCAUGUAUGUUCUGUGCAUGUUAACCCUAAAAACGAACCUCACCAUACUUUUGUGGCCAUCAAAAUAAUCAUUACAAACCAUUUUGUACCGUGUAACUUGACUGUGAUAGCUUUAUGUUUGUUAUUUGCUCUCCUGAUGUCACUAACUUGGCAAGCUCUCUGUAAAAGAGAUGAUGAAUUAUCGGGAAAAUGUUGUGCGCCGAGACAGCUUGUAAUACACAGAUAAGGAUAUUCUCUCUCUCAUGAUCGAAGGAAAUAUUUUUGCGCAGGUAUUAUAAUGCGACUCACGGACAUCAUGUACUGCAGAAUAUGUUUCGUCAAUGGUAGAAUAUGGAAGACUUGUUCCAAAUGCGAACAAAUUGUAUGGAAGCGUGUCGGACGAUCGAAUCAUCCCGCGAUGGCUCGUCACCUCCCAGCAGGGAGCAUGCGGCCGAGUGGUCGGCUCCCGUGGGGUGCUAACGCGUGACUGGUGUU